UGUAGCUGUCUCACUUUGCUAAUCCUCCUUGGGAGUUUUACUUUGGGAAAAGUUGUGAAAAACUCAGUGAAAAUGCUUGCUGCCCGCGCUGCUCUUGCGAGAUUGGCAUCCCGGAACUUGGCAGGAAGAGCUGCUCCGGCUCGCUGCUAUCACGGAAAGAAUCCCCACAGCCCAUCCACGAUGGAUCACCUGCCCACGCCGCAGGGGGACUUCUAUGAGCUCCACGCCAAGCGUCAGGCCAGGUUCAAUAAGACCCUCGCGGUGGGAAUCGUGACUUUCGCCAUAACUUGCACCGUUGCGAAGGAAAGCGGCCUCCUGCACUUCAACUGGAGCCCCCCAGACACCUACGAAUAGAUGGAUUAGCGCCCCGCAGACUAGUUGAUUGAGAGAGAGAGUAUUUGAAAUAAAUUACUGGUGCGCCAGAACUCUCGGCAUAA